AUGGAUAUUGAUAGCCCUGAAGAUAAGGGAGGCAAUAAGACGUUUUUCCAACAAAGGUUAGAAAGGUUAAAUAAGGUGGAUAAUAAUCUGGUUUUGACCAUAAAUGAUGCAUCUAAAAUAAUUGAGGCAUUAUAUGAAUUAAAACAACCUCAACACGAACAGCUGAAGAUAGAUUCAUUAAAAAAAGUUUUUAAGGAAGAAAUAAUAAAUUACCACACCAAUUUAUAUAAUGCUGUGAAUAUAUUGAAAAGUGAGCUAAAAUUAUUGGAAUCUAAUAUCGGUGAGAGGUUAUUACCCAUAUCUUUAAGUUCUAAACGUAAUAUUGGUCAAGAUGAUGAGAAGUUAGAGGAACAAUGGGAUUUGCUUGAAAAGAGAUUGAAAUAA